AUGACAAGUCCCUCACUCUUAAACAUUCAGUUCUCUGUUUCUGCUGCAGUUGCAAUAUGUUGUGGCUUGGCAGAAAGUGGCUAUGCUAUACCAGAUCCAACCAAGCUAAAAGAGCAGACUCUCCCUCAUCUGCAACCGCACCGGCUCUCCUUCCAGAAACUAUACAGCAGAGUUUCUUCAAGUAAGGCACUUUUCUUCUCAGAUCAAAGCUUUCGUUUCGUUUCGUUUCUUUUUUUUUUCUUUGUAUUAUUUUUAUUUUUUUCUUUGGUUUCCUCUCCAUACCGCGAAAACUCAUCUCUCUACAGAUCCAAAACAUGGUAUUUCUUAGAGAUCAAAUGGAAAAACUUGUACUUGUACGCCCUCUUUAUAGCCUUACCCAUUACCUCUUUAGCCGAGAUUUUCAUCUUCUUGACUUUUACCGGUAACCCAACUUACAGAUUUGGUUUUUUCCAGCAAUCAGCAGUGGUAUUCCUCUUCUGGGUCCUUAUCCUUUUGAUCAUUUUCUGAGAAAAUUUUAACCUAUUACACAUUAAUGAAGGCUUUGUGUUCGUCUUGGUGGGGAUUUCUUUUCUUGCUGGGUAUUUAGUGAUCGACAAGGGGAUUACGAGUCUCAGUGGCACUGUUUAGUUAUGAGGUGCUUUAGCACUUAUCUGUGCUGGCUGUUGUAUGUAUUUGUCAAUUAGACCCUAGUCGUUCUUCGCAGAGUUUUUGCUAUCUUCGGGAUUGAUUUUCAAAGGUACAUGGAUUUUGGAAACUGGGUAUACCGAUGUGUUUGCCUUGAAAGGGUGUCAGAAAAUUUCAAUGGUUUUGGCCAAGGAAGAUGCUUUGAUGAAGUAAUUGUUCACUGGGCAUGCAAUUGGAGUCUUAUUGAGUUUUGUGUCAUUUGGAUUGGUUUUGAGCAAAAGGAGAUCGAGAAAUGGUGAAGCAGGAGGGUCGUUGCUAGCUCAGCUUGACUCACAGACUGUGUUCAUGUGUCCAAAUGCUGAGCUUGAGCUUGAAUUGAAUGAAUGAAAUGUACAUGGCAUAUUUCUUCUAACCUCAGUGCACAUGAAUGUACAUAUUUAACUACGAGUAAAAUAGCAAUAUACAUGUCAUGGAAAAGAAGCUCUUCUAAUUUUCUCCAACCCCUUGAAGAAGAAAACUUGGGUAUUUUCAACAAUAUGUAAGUUGAAGGCAUACCUUGAACUUUUUCAUUUUCUUCUUCCUCUGAACUUGGCUUAGGUAGGAGCUGUAAAUUCAGUAUAUAAAUUCAAUUUCUUGUCUUGGUAGGUACUCUCUUGUCAAUAUCUGGCAAGGGUAUGCAGUUUACUUGCUUUACAUUAUUGUGGUAUCGUUUUGAGUUAAUUUUUUUAUUUUUAUUUUUUUUAAUAUGAGGAGAAAUAAAAGAGUAGGUAUUUAUGGUUUGAAAUUUAUACCAGAGCUAGCCCUUCCAAGCGCUUUCUCAUUCUUCUUUGAAUGAAGCCUCUGGUGCUCUGAACAAUGUUUUCAGGGAUAAUGUGAGGAGCAUGGCACUUAAGAGUUCCAGGACCAACCUGGAGAAAAUCUUGCAGCAAAGGAAAAAAACUCAAGAUACAUGUUACCUUUUCAUGGAAUUUAGCAAAGGCAUGGAAAUUCAAUAGACUCCAAACAGUUUUGUCCACUCUUUUAUUGUCCACAUAACGUGAAGAUAUAUCUGCCCAUGUUCAUAUAAAAUGUUAUCAUUUGAUUCAAGUCAAACUUUCUUAAUUUCUUUUAAUAUUAGACUUUAUUAUUGUCAUGAAUUAUAAUAAUAAUAAUAUACAAAAUGGAAAGGGGAACAUAUGAUAUUUUUGUAAUAUUUAUUUUUUUAAUAGCAAUAAUUUAUUAAAUAAUAAAAAAUAAAAAAUAAUACAGUACAAUACACUGUUGUAUCAAACAAGGUAUUAUUUUAUACGAUCCUGCACCAAACAUAGCAUAGGUAUAAUAUAAUACAUUCCAGUACAAUUCAAAACAAUAUAACUCAUACCAAUACAAUUCAAUACUGCAUACCAAACGAACCCUAAAAAAAUUAAAACCUUAUAUAUAUAUAUAUAUAUAUGACAUACAUACAAUGUGCACAAAUAUACAACACUGUAUUAUGUUUUGUUUGCAUAGUUGUGUUUACCAAAGGAGAUUAGACUGUUCUUUAUGGCAUUGUGACACAGAGAUGGGAAUUUCUGAAAGUUGAAAAGUAUUGUUUUUUAGUUAAUGACAUUGGACCUUUAACUUACCUCAACUUCAACUUUUCAUUUCACCUCUUGAGCCAACUAAAUUUAAUAUCUACAUAUAACAACAUGCUUGCUAUUUUUUGAAAUGGCAGAGAACAAAGGCCUUUAUAUAUUUGGUAUUCCCAAAUUCGGUUCUCUCUCUGUCCUUCCGAAUGGCUCAUUAUAAAUGGAAGGUGGUGAACCUUUGGAACAUGGGAUCAUCACAUCUUUAUUUAUUUUAUUUUAUUUUUUGAGGAAAUCAUCACGCCUUUUACCCAGGGUUCCAUGUCAGGUAUGGGUCAUUCUUAUUCCUUCUAUUUAUCAUCUCUAAAUAAUCUUAUCAAUGGACAUUUUUUGCUUUUCCAUGGAGUAAUCAAAGUUUUCUUACGUGCCUUCCUUUCCUUAGCUCAAUUAAUCUUCACCAUAUACAAGUGAUGCCUCUUAAUUAACAUGGUCAGUUAACUUGUAGAGGGAAAGUGGAUGAUAUAUACAUAUAUAUCAUCUGGUGGAACUGUUAUCUAGGAAUGCCCCCACUAAAGGAUAACCUGUAUAAGGUCACCGGAUGAGUUAUGAAUAGGCCAUGGAUGAACAUGAUGCAAAGCACUAGGAAGGAGAUAGCUACUCUUUUUCUGAAUGUAUAUAUGACAUUUCUGACAGAAUAUAGAUGGCUGAGCCAGUCUAAUAUUGUUCUCCUAGUUUCAAUUGAAGUUGUGUCUUUCAUUCACAAUGUGCAUGUCAUAUUAUUGCAUAUCUAGAUGGUGUACAAUGAUCUAAUUAGCGCAGUGUUGUCUAAAUUUGUUCAAGUGGACGAAUAUCUUCACUGCCUAGCUACAACGAGGGCGUGCUGCGAGUUCAACGAUGUCUGGUUUUGAUUUUUUGAGAAGGAGCUGGCAACCGCAACACCCAAGUUGACUUAUCUACAGCUGGAUGACGUAGAAUGUAACUAUCUUCUGCAGAUUGACUUAUCUACAGCUGGAUGACGUAGAAUGUAACUAUCUUCUGCAGAUUGACUUAUCUACAGCUGGAUGACGUAGAAUGUAACUAUCUUCUGCAGAGCCCUCAAUGGCAGGAAUCCUUUUUGUUCCCUUUUUUUUUUUUUUUUUUUCUUUGCUCCACCGCUUCUUCUUACCUGGUGGAUAGUAGUUUUUGUCCCCUCAAAAGUUUAUUAGAUCUCCAAGUCAAUUAGACUAAAUGCUCUCUACCAUUGCAAAAUUACGUUUCAGUAUGACAGUAUCGUGUAUAUAUAUAUAUAUAUAUAUACGUAUAUUCUUUUGAUUAAUGAAUAUGCUUGUAACCGUGAUAUAUAUAUAUAUAUAUUCUUUUGAUACA